AUUAAGUGAUAAUGAAUAGUGAAACUUAGUAAAAUGAAGCAAAGUUUCUAAGAUUACAUUGGUCAAUAGGACCGAGUUGCUCACUAAUUAGAAAACUUGGCAGGUUUUGAGUCCUGGGGAGUGGAGGUAUUAUUGUAUUUUGCUGGUUGGGAUCUCUGUCGAAAGCACUCAAGGUAGCUGGGAGAUGGCUGUGCUCUCUUCUCUCUGUGCAAACUAAGUGAUGGUCCGGCCCUCUCUGGAUGUUCAGGCUAGGGAAGAGAAAAAGUGUGAGAGGGCCACACCAGCCCUAAGGCAGGAGCUUUCUGUGGGUCAGAGACACUACAGGCGUGAAAGGUCCUGGAAUUUCUUUGGCCUGUGCCUCUUUUGCAAUUAUGGAGGCAUAAAAAUAGCUGCAAUUUUCAUUACUAUAGAGACAAGGCAUUAUCUUGCACCUGGAGUAGUACUAGAAUAUCGUAUAUUGAACAUUUCAUUUAUUAAAAAAUAAUUCACCAUAUUUAAGUUCUGUCUCCAAUUUAUCUUAAGAAGUUGGGGCAGUUUCUCCUCUGGCUUAAGUAAGGCUUCACUGUUAGUAGUCCUGAGCUCGUAGUGAGGUAGUUUAACUGCUUUAGAACUUUGUGCUGGGAACCUUCUUAGCCACCGAAGCAUGGAAACCGAAAGUGAGGAGCAUGGGUUCUCUACUAUCUGUCACAUCAGAGGAUGACUGUUCCAGGGCAGUGACCGCCUCCUAAUGGUCUCUGUAGCUGGAUCAGGCACCGGAAGAGGCUCUCCAGCUGUAACUCUAGUACAAUUACCCUCAGGGCAAACUGUCCAUGUCCGGGGAGUAAUUCAGACCCCACAGCCAUCGGUUAUUCAGUCACCACAAAUACAGACUGUUCAGGUAGCAACGAUUGCAGAGACAGAUGAGUCUGCAGAAUCAGAAGAUGUAAUUGAUUCUCAUAAACGUAGAGAAAUCCUUUCACGAAGACCCUCUUAUAGAAAAAUACUGAAUGAACUUUCCUCUGAUGGGCCUGGUGUUCCCAAGAUUGAAGAAGAAAAAUCAGAGGAAGAAAGAACGCCACCUCACAUCGCUACCAUGGCAGUACCGACUAGCAUAUAUCAGACUAGCACGGGGCAAUACAUUGCUAUAGCCCAAGGUGGAACAAUCCAGAUUUCUAACCCAGGAUCUGAUGGUGUUCAGGGACUGCAGGCAUUAACAAUGACAAAUUCAGGAGCUCCUCCACCAGGUGCUACAAUUGUACAGUAUGCAGCACAAUCAGCUGAUGGCACACAGCAGUUCUUUGUCCCAGGCAGCCAGGUUGUUGUUCAAGAUGAGGAAACUGAACUUGCCCCAAGUCACAUGGCUGCUGCCACUGGUGACAUGCCAACUUACCAGAUCCGAGCUCCCACUACUGCUUUGCCACAGGGGGUAGUGAUGGCUGCCUCACCAGGAAGUUUGCACAGUCCCCAGCAACUGGCAGAAGAGGCAACACGCAAACGAGAGCUGAGGCUAAUGAAAAACAGGGAAGCUGCCCGGGAGUGUCGCAGGAAGAAGAAAGAAUAUGUCAAAUGUCUUGAAAAUCGUGUGGCUGUGCUUGAAAACCAAAACAAGACUCUCAUUGAGGAACUCAAGGCCCUCAAAGAUCUUUAUUGCCAUAAAGCAGAGUAACUGUCUUUGACCUGGACCUUGUUUACUGUGAACUCUAAUCAAGGCAGGAGAUGCAGCAGUUCUACUAAUUGUCAUGUGGACUUGUGGAGGGGACACUUCUGACCCUUAAGAAUCCAGUUUGGCUUAGUGUUUGAGAUGGAAUUGGGAAUGUUGUUCCAAGAUUUGGAAUGCAGCCAUGCUCACAUUCACCAAGCUUACUUCCGUUUGUCUGUCAGGAGCGUGCAACAAAUGUUUUGUUUGCCCUUUGCUUCUGCUUUUUUUCAGGGAAGCUGCUAAAGAAUGUCGACGUCGAAAGAAAGAAUAUGUAAAGUGUCUGGAGAGUCGAGUUGCUGUGCUGGAAGUUCAGAACAAGAAGCUUAUAGAGGAACUUGAAACCUUGAAAGACAUUUGCUCUCCUAAAACAGAUUAGUAUAAAUAUUUGACUAUGAACUGAUUACAACAUGUACAGUUGCUUUUGAAGGCAAUACAAUAUAUAGCUGACAAGAA